AUGGAAGAAUUGUUAAUAGUAAAAAGCUUAAAUAAAUUACAGGCGAAAUCGGCCGAUUUGACUGAGGAAUUGAACAUUAGGCUGACGGAGUUGUACAAGUGGUACAACAGGCAGCUUAAUGCAAUAUCGGAAGACAGAGUAGCCAUAUUGAACGAUCCGGCGAGUAAAUACAGGCCAACAGUGGAUAUAAAGCAGUUGUCAGCCAGAGAGACCACGGAUCCGUACGUGAGAUUCCCGGAGGAGGUGGUGGACAUUGAGCUGAGUUUGCAAAACCUGAGUGUGAAGGACGAGGUGAUCAACAUUGAAAACUCGGAGUACGGAACGAAGAGCUGGCCAGGAUUUUGGCUUAACGCGUUCCUGGGCUGCAAAACUUCACGCCUGUGGGUCUCGGAGGAGGACUUUGACAUACUGUAUCACCUGAACGACGUGAGAGUGGAGGUCCACGAGUCGAACGAAAUCGAGGAGUCCUUUGAAAUAGCAUUCCAUUUCACGGAAAAUAAGUACUUUUCUAACACGAAGUUGUGGAGAAAGUUCAACUUUCUCAGGGACGACGUAACAUCGGAGUCGAGCAACAUAUCAUGGAUAAACUACGAGAUUCCGGAAUCAUAUCAAGGGUUCUUUAGAUUUUUCGAGUCGAAGAUUGAAUAUGAUGACCUGAAGAUGGCAAUGUGUAUAAAGGAUAGAAUAUGGAGGAAUCCACUAAAAUACGUGAGGCGUUACCAGGCAGAGAUGGAUGGUGAAUCAGUAGAGUCAGAGUCAGACGAUGAGCCAGAAGUGGAAAGUCAAGUUGGAUCGAGGUACCCAUUUUCAUGGCUAUUUUAG